ACAGUUUGCAAAUUAGAAAGGAACAAAGAAGUACCCCCACAUAUUCAUCUACAUCUUUGAAUAAGCAUGGAGUAUUCAAUAGCAACCUUUCUCCCUCUCAUCCUAAUCUCUAUUGAAUUUCUCUCUUCACAUGCUAUCCCUAAUCAAGAUAUUAGCUACAUGAAAUUUGUACACAAUGCCAAUGAUCAACCAAUACAAGAAAAAUAUGACUACAUAGUAAUAGGAGGAGGAACAACAGGCUGUCCAUUAGCUACAACAUUAUCAUCAAAAUUCUCAGUCCUCCUUCUUGAAAGAGGUAGUGACCCCAACACAUAUCCUUUUGUGUUGAAUGAAGAAACUCUAUCCUACACUUUUAUUCUAGACGAUGAUGGCCAAAAUCCCAUCCAACGCUUUGUCUCUGAGGAUGGUGUGGAGAACAUACGAGGGCGAGUUCUUGGCGGCGGAAGCAUGGUCAACGCCGGGUUCUACUCGAGGGGACAUCAAGAGUUUUUUGAAACUGCAGGUGUGGAUUGGGACAUGGAAUUGGUUGAGAAGGCUUACGAAUGGGUUGAAGAAACUUUGGUGUCUAGGCCAAAUUUAACUGCAUGGCAAGCUGCUUUUAGAAAUACUUUGUUGGAAGGUGGUGUUGUCCCUGAUAAUGGGUUUGAUUUAAGGCAUCUUGUGGGUACUAAAAUUGGAGGUUCAAUCUUUGAUAACAAAGGAAAUAGACAUGGAGCUGUAGAGCUUCUCAAUAAGGCUAAUCCUAAAAAUCUUAAGGUUGUCAUUCAAGCCACAGUUCAAAGAAUCAUCUUCAAAGGUUUAUCAGCAGUUGGAGUUUUAUAUUCAGAUUCAAAAGGAAAGUUACACACGGCAUUAAUUCAUAAAAAAGGAGAAAUAUUUUUAAGUGCAGGAGCUAUUGGAAGUCCUCAACUUCUCCUUUUAAGUGGGAUUGGCCCAAAAUCUUAUCUUUCAUCUUUAAAACUACAUCUCGUUCACCACCAACCACAUGUGGGUCAAUACAUGACCGACAAUCCCCGUUUUAGUCGUUCUAUUAUUUUUCCAUUCCAGUUACUUGCUUCAACAGCGCAAGUUGUUGGAACAUUAGAAAAAAACAUCCAUUUACAAUCAUUGGCCAGCCCUUUACCAUUUUUCCCUUUACCAUCUUAUGGUCUUCUUCCUCCUCAAUCCACUUCCAUCACUUCAAGCUUAGUUAUUAUUGUAGGUAAAUUUUCUAAUGUUAGUUCUAAAGGAUGGCUUCAUUUGAAUAAUUCUUCCACUGAUGCGAAGGAGAAUCCUAUUGUUAGAUUCAAUUAUUAUUCACAGCAUGGUGAUAUUAGUAGAUGUGUUAGUGGAGUGAGGAAAGUGGAGGAUUUGCUUAAGACACAAACUAUGGAAAGGAUUAAGACACAAGAUUUGGAGGGUAAUAAAGGAUUUCAAUUUAUGGAACUUCCAAUGCCUGAAAAUUUGUGGAAUGAUAGCUCUGUUGAAGAGUAUUGCAAAAAUACGGUGGCUACUUAUUGGCAUUAUCAUGGAGGAUGUUUGGUUGGAAAAGUUGUGGAUGAUAAUUAUAAAGUGAUUGGAAUUAAAAAUUUGCGUGUUGUUGAUGGCUCCACUUUCUCCGACUCGCCGGGAACUAAUCCUAUGGCCACCCUUAUGAUGUUAGGCCGAUAUGUUGGCCUUAAAGUACUGCAACAAAGAUCAAGUUAAAAGUGUAAAUCAAGAUAAAUGAUGAGAGAUUUAAAUCAGGGACUUUUAAUUUAAUUUCCUUACUAACAUAUUGUGCAUGCAUCUUAUUUUUAUCAUUUUUCACUACUAUAUGUCUUUGUUUAGAUGAUAUAAGGUUCAAUUUACUUUUACCCAUAUGCUUAAAUGGUUGGGUCCAAUCAUUUAUCAUUGCUAUUGGAGAAUAUGGUCCUGAAUCCUUGCCUGUUUCAGUCAAUAACCAUUUAAGAUGUUUAAUAAAUGUUCUUUUUCGUUUACAUUA